AUUAGAUGAGCUCUUUCCAGCUACAUCCAAGAAACGUGUUGCUAGAUCUCUAACCCCUUUGCUUCUCCUGUUUCCAUCUUGCUCUGCUGCUACUGCUACUUUUAAACUUGCAGUAAAAGCCAUCGAAAUUUGUCGGCAGGGAAGCAAAUCCUUAAUUUUUCUGAGAUAAGCUAGUAUGUAGUGAAAAGGGCUCAGCUGUUUUUUGUUCUUUCUUUUUUCUGAAAUUAGAGGAUACGAUUUGAAAUAGAAUGAGGAGGAGAGGGCCAGAUUUUAGACGGCCGGCUAGGCGGCGGCUUUCGAACGUAUUUUGGUUGACCCUUAUUGGGUUGCUAAUUUUGCUGUUUAUUGUUUUUCUUAGCAGAGAUAGCCAUCAACCCACCUCGAGAUCGCCUUAUACCAAGAAAUCAUUUAGACAUGACAGAACCAUAGAAGGCCUUAACGUUACUGAAGAAAUGUUGAGCCCAGACUCAGUUGCAAGACAACUUAAUGAUCAGAUUUCUCUUGCCAAGGCCUUUGUUGUAAUUGCAAAAGAAAGCAACAACCUCCAACUUGCAUGGGAACUCAGUGCUCAAAUCCGCAAUUCACAAAUCCUUCUUUCAAAUGCUGCCUUGAGAAGAACUCCCUUGACUACUGGAGAAUCAGAAACUACAAUUCGUGAUAUGGCCCUCUUGCUUUACCAAGCACAACAACUACAUUAUGACAGUGCAACAAUGAUCAUGAGGCUGAAAGCUAAAAUCCAGGGGCUUGAAGAACAGAUGAAUUCCGUCAAUGAAAAGAGUUCAAAGUUUGGACAAAUAGCUGCUGAAGAAGUCCCCAAGAGUUUGUAUUGCCUUGGUGUUCGGCUGACAACUGAAUGGUUCAAGAACUCAAAUCUACAGAGAAUACUACAUGAUAAAAGGCAAUUAGCCGCAAAACUGGAAGAUAAUAAUCUUAAUCAUUUUUGCGUCUUCUCUGACAAUGUCCUUGCAACUUCAGUUGUUGUGAAUUCAACAGCUUUAAAUUCUAAGGAUCCUGGUAAGGUAGUCUUCCACCUCGUUACUGAUGAGGUGAACUAUGCUGCAAUGAAGGCCUGGUUCACCAUGAAUAGCUUCCGUGGAGUUACAGUUGAUGUCCAGAAGUUUGAAGACUUCGGCUGGUUAAAUGCUUCUUAUGUUCCUGUUCUUAAACAGCUUCAAGACUCUGAAACUCAGAGUUAUUAUUUCUCUGGCAGUAUCGACGAUGGCCGAACACCAAUUAAGUUCAGGAAUCCCAAGUACCUUUCUAUGCUUAACCACCUGAGGUUCUAUAUCCCAGAGGUUUUUCCUGCACUGAAGAAGGUGGUGUUUCUAGAUGAUGACAUUGUAGUUCAGAAGGAUCUGUCUCCUUUGUUCUCCAUUGAUCUGAAUAGCAACGUUAAUGGUGCGGUUGAGACGUGCAUGGAGACAUUCCAUAGAUACCACAAAUACCUAAACUAUUCUCAUCCUCUGAUACGUGCACACUUUGACCCUGAUGCCUGUGGGUGGGCGUUCGGGAUGAAUGUGUUUGACUUGGUAGAGUGGAGGAAGAGGGAUGUUACAGGAAUUUAUCACUACUGGCAGGAAAAAAAUGUAGAUAGGACAUUGUGGAAACUUGGCACACUUCCACCUGGAUUGCUGACCUUCUAUGGAUUGACACAGCCAUUAGAUCUUUCUUGGCAUGUGUUAGGUUUGGGCUACACCAAUGUAGACCCUCACGUGAUAGAAAACGGGGCUGUGUUGCAUUUCAACGGGAACUCAAAACCAUGGUUGAAGAUUGGGAUGGAGAAGUAUAAACCCCUGUGGGACAAAUAUGUUGAUUAUGGUCAUCCUCUACUACAACAGUGCAACGUUCAUUGAGUUGCAGUCCUGGUGAUUCAUCCCUUGCAAGGUAUAUUGGGGCUCAUUGAGGACCCUUUUUUUCCUUUAAUGCCGAGAAUAUUCACACGAGUUGUAUCAGGUCUUGCAGGGAUAUAGUGCUUGUAAUCUAGGAACAUAGCUGUAGUGCCUGAACUGUUGUUGUAUUCUUUCUCUAUCUUGGGUACAAGUUACACAGUCUACCUGUUCAGUAGCAUUUGUCCAUUAUGAUUUCAAAUUCAUGAAGUUCUACAUUGACCAGAUUUCUUUGUUGGAUACUGAUACACAAGAUACCCUGUUUGGAAGCACAAUGUUGGCCUGCAAUUGGCAUCAGUUGUUUGUAUUCUCAGGUUGACAUUGUAAAAGAAGAAGCAUUAGUUGUAUGGCCUUGAUACACAAGGCCAUACAGUAAUCA